CCCUGGCAGCGCCGCGUCGCUCUGGGGAGUGGAGAGCGCUCGGGAUUGUCACUUUAAAUUAAAGAGGUAGAGGGCGGGCGAGCGGGGGAGCGCGCGGCGGGCUCCUGGGAGCGUGCCCGGACUGCGGCGCAGCUCCUGUCCGCCGCCCCGGCCCGGAGAGCCCCCGACCCCCAGCACAGGGGGCACCAUGGCGGUGGACGUGGCAGAAUACCACCUGAGCGUCAUCAAGAGCCCCCCUGGUUGGGAGGUGGGUGUCUAUGCCGCAGGGGCCCUGGCACUGCUGGGAAUCGCAGCUGUGAGCCUAUGGAAGCUCUGGACAUCAGGAAGCUUCCCCAGCCCCUCCCCGUUCCCCAAUUAUGACUACAGGUACCUUCAGCAGAAGUACGGGGAGACCUACACGGAGGCCAGGCCGAAGAGAGCGCCUGCCUGGAAUGCCCCACGGGCCAGUGCUCGGGGGCCACCCAGCCGCAAAGGUAGCCUCAGCAUCGAGGACACCUUUGAGAGCAUCAGUGAGCUGGGGCCGCUGGAGCUGAUGGGCCGGGAGCUGGACCUGGCCCCCUACGGACCCCUCCGCAAGUCCCAGUCGGCCGACUCCCUGAACUCCAUCUCCUCCGUGAGCAACACCUUUGGGCAGGAUUUCACGCUGGGCCAGGUGGAGGUGAGCAUGGAGUAUGACGCCGCCUCCCACACCCUGCACGUGGCCGUGCUGCAGGGCAAGGACCUCCUAGAGCGCGAGGAGGCCAGCUUCGAGUCCUGCUUCAUGCGCGUCAGCCUGCUGCCCGACGAGCAGAUCGUGGGCAUUUCCCGGAUCCAGAGGAAUGCUUACUCCAUCUUCUUCGAUGAGAAGUUCUCCAUCCCGCUGGACCCCACAGCCCUGGAGGAGAAGAGCCUGCGGUUCUCCGUGUUUGGCAUCGACGAGGACGAGCGGAAUGUCAGCACGGGGGUGGUGGAGCUAAAGCUGUCUGUGCUCGACCUUCCGCUGCAGCCCUUCAGCGGCUGGCUCUACUUACAGGACCAGAACAAGGCUGCUGAUGCGGUGGGGGAGAUCCUGCUGUCCCUCAGCUACCUGCCCACAGCUGAGCGCCUCACUGUGGUUGUGGUGAAGGCCAAGAAUCUCAUCUGGACCAAUGACAAGACCACAGCUGAUCCCUUCGUCAAGGUGUACCUGCUGCAGGAUGGGAGGAAGAUGAGCAAAAAGAAGACAGCAGUGAAGAGAGAUGACCCCAACCCAGUGUUCAAUGAAGCCAUGAUCUUCUCAGUGCCAGCCAUUGUGCUCCAGGACCUGUCUCUCCGUGUGACAGUAGCUGAGAGCAGCAGCGAUGGCCGCGGGGACAACGUGGGCCACGUCAUCAUUGGGCCAUCGGCGAGCGGCAUGGGUACCACGCACUGGAAUCAGAUGCUGGCCACGCUGCGCAGGCCCGUGUCCAUGUGGCACGCUGUUCGGCGAAACUAGCAGCCAGAGCAGGCCAGGUGGGCAGCAGAGCCGCUGGGGCCUGGCACACACUCACUCAGCUCUAUCUGAAGCCCUCUUCAUAGCCCAGCUGGAGCUGGGACCACUGGGGUCCCCAUCAGUCACCUUGGACCCUCUGUCCAGACUACAGUGGAGGAGCAGGUGGACCUCUACAUCGAGGAGGCCAGGGUUUUCUCCCACUGAGGACCAGCUCUAGCUCUAGCUGGGCCAGGACCCAUGGAGGGCAGAGGAUGCUGGCCACUUGCGUACCAUCUGGAGUUCCUCACGUGGUUCGCCCCUUGAUCUGCAGGAAGACCUGGCUCCCAGAGCUGGCAAGCUCCCCGACCCCCCUCCUCCUGGGAGGCCAGCUGCCAGGCUGGGCCACGACCAGAACAGGCAACUCUUGGGGGCCAGCACUGUGCUAGGCACUGGCAGGCGUCUCAUGAACAAAACAAAGCCCCCAGCUUACCAGGAAGUCAGGAUCCCACCGCCCAAGGGAGAUGCUCCGUGGACGGUCCAGCCGUGCAGACUCAGGGUGUGCUGUAGGAGCUGGGGGACAGGCAGGGCCCCAUGGACAGGAAGGAGCUGUGCUCUGCAAGGUGGGGAAGGAACCAGGUCCUAGGCAGGGGCACAGCUCAAGGAGUGACAGAAACAUGGACUUUUGAACUUUCCUGACACAAGCACAGAGAAGAGACCAAGAGACCAGAGUCAAGCAGAAGGCUGGAGGCCACAUCGGGGCUCUAGGGUUACUGUCCGUGAAAUAUUCGCCUGGAACAUCAGCCAUCACAAAAACCAGAAGCUCAGGGGCCAAGAGCAAGGUCUUUGCACAGGGUCAGUACAAAAUCAGCCCUGGUUCCACCAGCUGACCAGGCUCUGCUGGGAAGAGAUGCCUCCGACAGACCUGGUUGCAACCCACCCCCAGGAUAUUGGGCAUCUUGGGUCAAGUUCCCUAAAACUGUGGCUUCAGCAGAUGGUUAGCCUCAGCCUAAAGACAAUAGAGAGCUCUGGAGGGGCAAAUGGCACCCCAGGGGUCCUGCCCAGAAGCAAAGGGGCUGGGCUGGUACAUCAGUCGUUGGCUUCUGCCCCUGCUCCUGGUGGAGUGAGGGUGUCGUACUCUUGCACGUGUCCCCAGAUGAGGAGCAGCUGUCAUCUACCAAAGACAGACCCAGAGAAGCAGCAGCUUCCUGCUCUUUACUGAAGGAGGGGGCACCUUCAGGGAUAAAGGGAUGGAGUGGGCAGGGAUGGGAUGUACAGCAGCAGUGUCUGCUCUGCAAGGCCACCCACAGGUAAAAGGGGGACUCUCAGGCUGGCUGUGCUAUUCCUUAGCUCUGGUGAGCUAUGGAGACCCAGAUCCAAGCAGCUGUCACCAAUGACACGGUGAGAGAUGGCUUGAACAGGUGUCCAGAGGGUUGUGGGACUGGAGCAGGACCCCGUGACACAACCAGAAAGUCAGCAUAGGGCCGCGCAUGGCUGGUGAGCCCUCGCAGCCCAGGAGACCCCAGAUCCUUCUGAACCUCAGGGCCUUGCAGGGCAGGCCAUGUCCUCCUCCCUCCUCUUCCUCUCUCCCUCCCUUGAACUGCAUGAAAUGGUGACCGCGGAGCCAGGGUGGCUGUGGUGGGGAUGAGAAUGCUGACUGGAAUGAUUCUAGAACCAAAUAAAGCUGGGGCAGGAAGGGGGCUUCGAGAGCA